UAAUAGGGAGGGGGAAUGAAUCCAUGCAGAGUCAAAGGAACCAAUUCAAGACAAAUAAUAUCAUUAGCAAUUUAUAACUGUUGGGGAAAGACGAAACAUUGUGCAGACAAUUCCAAAAAUAAAAUAAAAUGGAAUGCUACAAAAAAAAAUAUUACUAAUAAAUUGGUUCCUCUGGAUAACAGGAAGCGCAAGGGAGAACCUGUGAAGGUUUUUGCCAAUGAUAAUAAAAAGAUUGCUUGUGAUCCUGAAAUGCAGAACCACAUAGAGAAGGCUUUUUACAGUGGACAUGCUUCGUAUAGAGUUUCUCAUUCGACUAGAUAUCUUGAUAUAUGGGAGCCAGCCACAUUGGCCAUUACGAGGGAAGGUUACAGUAUCAAAUGCAGUGGACAAAGUGGAGUUGUAAUCACAGAAAAAUUUUCACCGUCCACCACUAAUUUCUUAGAGACCGGGUUAAUUGUUGGUGGAUGGGAUAAAUAUGAAGGUGGACAAAUUUAUGGAGUUCCUCUGGGUGGAACAAUAGUACAACAACCUUUUGCUAUCGGAGGAUCUGGCUCCAGUUACUUGUAUGGUUUCUUUGACCAAGCCUGGAAAGAGGGAAUGACCAAGGAUGAAGCUGAGGUAUGUGCUUGGAUUCUUACUGCUUUGCUUUUAUUAAGUUGAAAAAAAAAUCACUUA